GUGAACUUGGCACCCCCAGCCCCGCGGCCCGGGCGCCCCCUCCCGCCUCUCCCGGCAUGGCGGCCGCGGGGCGCGCGCAGGCGGCGCGGGACCGUGUCCCCAGGAUCGAUCCGUAUGGGUUUGAAAGACCUGAAGACUUUGAUUAUGCAGCUUAUGAAGAAUUUUUUUCCACCUACCUGGUGAUCCUCACCAGGAGAGCCAUCAAAUGGUCCAAACUUCUAAAGGGCGGCGGUGGUGUCCAGAGGAGCAUGACCGUGAAGCGCUACAUCCGCAAGGGCGUCCCGCUGGAGCACCGGGCCCGCGUCUGGAUGGGGGUGAGCGGAGCCCAGGCCCAGAUGGACCGGAACCCCGGCUACUACCAGCGCCUCCUGCAGGGGGAGCGGAGCGCCAGCCUGGAGGAGGCCAUCCGGACAGGGAGCCUCUGUCCCCUUUACGCACGAAGCCCCCCAGCCCUGGCUCCACCGUCUGCUCCCUGUCUCUACAUGAGCAGGACCUUCCCCGACAACGUGCGCUUCCGGAAGGACGCGGAGCCUUGCCUGCAGGGGCCCCUGUACAACGUACUGCUGGCCUACGGGCACCACAACCACGGCGUGGGCUACUGCCAGGGGAUGAACUUCAUCGCGGGGUAUCUGAUCCUGGUGACUAAGAGUGAGGAAGAAGCCUUCUGGCUGUUGGACGCCCUGGUGGGCAGAAUACUCCCAGCAGACUACUACAGCCCCUCGAUGCUGGGCCUGAAGACGGACCAGGAGGUGCUCGGGGAGCUGGUGAGGCUGAAGCUGCCGGCGGUGGCGGCGCUGAUGGACGGCCAUGGCGUGCUGUGGACCCUGGUCGCAUCCCGCUGGUUCAUCUGCCUGUUCGUGGACGUCCUGCCGGUGGAGACGGUGCUGCGCGUCUGGGACUGCCUAUUCAGUGAGGGGUCCAAGAUCCUCUUCCGAGUGGCCCUGACCCUCCUCAAGCAUCACCAGGCCUCCAUCCUAGAGGCCACCAGCGUCCCCGACCUCUGUGAGAAGUUCAAGGAGAUCACCCGGGGGCGUUUCGUGACCGAGUGUCACAGCUUCAUGCAGUGGCUCAGAACCUCUGCCUUCGGAAUCAGACGUUUACUUCAUGGACUGGAUUCAGCAUUUUAAAACUGACCUGAGUGUGAGGGGGCAGGAGCCCGUGUGCCGUCUCCCCUGCAGCCAGACAUCCUGUCUCAGGCACUUUCCUGAGCUUCGCAGUGGCUGCAGCCAGGAUGUGGCCCGGCCUGAGGACUGACGUUCAGAGCUGGGCCCCAGCUGCACGCACACCCUGGGACCAUAUCCACCCCCCGCCCCACCCCUGGUCCUCAGAGCGCUUUGCUGAAAUCCCUGCGGGCGUUUGGGGGGGGCACCAGCAGCCUGUUCUUGCUCAACCCUGCAGUAAGCCCUCCUCUGCUCCCCGUGGCUGGCCCCUCCUGGGCUCUCCAUUCCCAGCCCUCCAAGAAGGGCUCCCCACGCCCGGCCCUCCCAGGGAAGGUCCGGCAGCCGCGGCCGCAGCGCCCCCUGCUGGCCCCCUGGGGCGGUGCGGCCGCUCUGGAGGCGUCUGUGCUGAGGCUGGAGCUCUGUCACCGGCCGCUUUCUGCUUUGUCUCAGUGUGAAGGAAACUGACCUUCCUCCACUCGCUGGCCUCAGCCCGGCCACCACCAGGAGCUGGGAAGGUCUAAAUGAA